UUUUUUUUUUCUCUUAUCGUGACAUCCGCUGAUGAAUGUCCACCUUCUUGCUUGCUCUGGUGUUUGUCAUCGACGAGCCACAUGAAACCCUUACCCUUUAUCUUACGAGGAUCUGAUCGACGCAUCUUGACCCCUGAUUAGACACCUAGCUAGGUCGUGUGGCGUGAAGCUAUCGGAUGCAUCAAGUACCGUACCUAAUAUGUCAAGAGGCAAUUUCUUUAAACUAGACGGGGGCGAAAAGGUGUGAUCUCUGUUUUAUUUCCAUAUCACCUCAUCUCGAAUCGGCAUGUAUGGCUGAGGUGAUAUACGCAGCAUUGUUGAAUGAAAUUCCAGAGACAAUGUCUCUGAAUUCCAAGCUUAGGUCCGACGCCACUGACGCCCGUGAGUAUUAACAAUCUCCUUUCCACCUCACAACGCUUCAGGAGGAGAAUAAGAUUCGGCGCGUACCUGGCAACAUUGGCCAACCCGGUAUCUUAUUUGCCACAGCCGCGGAUCAAGAAACCAACUACGGGUGAUUUUACCGUGCUAAAUCACGAGGAGUUUACGGGCCGCAUUGAAGACAACUUUGGGAAAACCUCGAUACAUCUUGCCCUAACGCAGUACCAGCCAGGGCUCUGGGGACUUAACAGAGAUGAACAUUACAUUGAGGAAGCGACUGUUCUGCGAGAGAGUUUAGUUCAAGUGUACGACGGCACCGCAUGGGUGUGCGAUCUUGAUAUUCUUGGCACGAUGAAUAGCGAGCUCCUGAGCCGCACCAAUUGCAAUUGUGAGAACCAGGAUAACACCACUCAUUCAUCGACACGGGCACAAGGGAAGACGCCGGGAUUCUCUGCUUCGGAUGCCGAUUCCUCUAAGACGAUUGCAGUGACUAAUUGGGACGAACUCCUGGUCCCUCCGAUCGAUAGGAAGUGGUCCAUUGUCUGCACCUCGGAGAACUGGACCAGCAGACUCGCCGCCGUAGGGAUUGCUAUACGCCUAUCCAGGCCUACGGUGAUCCUGCCAAAGCUGCCACAUGAGAUUUGCUGGGCCUGUGUCGAGAAACACGUGGCAGACUUGAAAUUGGAACGGCCGGGUACUGCCGACGAGGACAUCGUACUGGUCUUAUGAAGGGCUGCAAAUUUGGUUAAGGUGAAAUUUUUUGGGGAUAGUAUAGUGCUCGGGCAACGUAACCGAACUAUUUCUUCCUUCAAACCCAGUCUCGCCGGUGAGGGUCUGCGGUAUAUCAAUCUUUUAUGUUGUGACCUAUAAGUGACGGGCAAUAGUUAGGUAGUUUGUUAACUCCACGGCCAAGAUAGCAAGAGGAUUAUAAUGGCCACCAUUAUUAGCUAUAGCUGUAGCAACUGCAGAGACUAUCUUA